AUGGCAACUGUGGAGACGUCAAUGACGCGUGAAUCUUCCGCCGAAUCCAACAUUCUCCUCCUCAACAACAACAACGACAUGACCAUGGACGUGGAUCUGGAGGUACCCGCGUCGACACCACCAACCAGCAUUUCCGAUAGCCGGAGCAUGGAAGACACCAAAUGUGGCGACGAUGUCGCCUUACAGACCUCCGGCGGACGGCCAAAGCGCGUCCGAUCGGGAGUAACAAACUACAAUCUGAAAGCGCUCUCCGAGGCACAGCUGCCCAUUAGCAACGUGGGCAAGAGCAAGGCCAGCAAUGCCCAUCGUAAUGCUUCGGGACUGUCGGGUCGGACGCUAGUAAACCGUGUCGAGGUCAACGAGGAGGAUGAGGAAGAGCCAUUCGUGGCCAAUAUCAACAAGGCGCUCAACGCGGACUGGGAAUUACCUGCUGGAUCAGCAAAGGGGAAGGCAGGUGGCAAGGGCAAGUCACCCGCGCAUGCUCAGCGACGGCCGAGUGUCAAGGAUCGAGUCAAGUCCGGCGUCCUCGAAGCCGGCAAGAAGGCAGCGGGCAAGGCCGGCAAUCUGCGUACCGUGCUAGGGAAGCGAGGCCGUGACAUGAUGGAGUCGGGGAAGCGAGCGUUGGGAAUGGCCGAGGAGGAACAGGCUCCAAGUCCAGCUAAAAGCAAACUGCUCAAGGAGCUCGACUUGGGCAAGGGAGGGAUUCUGGAUGAAAUGGAUCUGGAUGUGGACGUGCCAGUUGUCCCUCUCCCACYUCGCCCAACCAAGCGUGUCAAGCUCACAUGUACUUCUGCACCACUGCAAGAACUCGCUCAACCUACUGGACCUCACCAAAAGACGUCCGACGGUGGACGAGUGAAGAAAUGGCAGACCGAAGGCCUCUACGUCGGCCAGGAAGCCAGCUUUGACCCCGCCCGGAAGGCAUCUAAGAAGCUUCAGAAGAAGUCACUUGCCUCGACGACAGAGGAGAAGGCCGCUAAGUCGUCCAAGCUGAACUUCACGCUGCCCAUGUUUGACUACCUCUCAAAAGAUCGUUCCUUCACCAUCCCAUUCGAUGUGUUCGCACCCUCCCUCACCAAAGGCUCAGAACGCCCCAAAGACUGGCACAAGGUCAACCGCAACCGUCUCGUAGGCGAAGCGAAAGAACUUUGGGAAAAGUCGGAAAAUCUCCCUACCUCCGCCUGUGUCUGCAAGCCUCCUGUCGAUGGAGAAAGUGGAUGCGAUUAUGACUGUCUCAACCGCGUCAUGCAAUACGAGUGUAACGACAAGAACUGCAACCUCGAUCCUGCAAUGUGCAACAACCGAGCCUUCGCCCAGCUGGCCGCCCGAACCAAGAAAGGCGGUGCCUUCGACGUCGGAGUGGAAGUUGUAAAGACUCAUCAACGAGGCUUCGGCGUUCGAGCCGCGAGGUCUUUCGCUCCCGGACAAAUCAUCAUGGAGUACACGGGAGAGAUCAUCUCCGAGGGUGAAUGCCAACGUCGCAUGCGAGAGGACUACAAGGAUAAAGAAUGCUAUUACCUCAUGGAGCUCGAGCGGAACUUGGUGAUUGAUGGGACGAAAGGUAGCAUGGCUCGCUUCAUCAACCAUUCAUGUGAGCCGAACUGCGAGGUCAGAAUGGUCAAGGUCAAUGGAACCCCAAGAAUGGGCGUCUUCGCGGGUAGCGAGACUGGAAUCAUGAGUGGAGAGGAGUUGACUUAUGAUUACAAUUUCGACAACUUCGGCGAGCAGGCGCAGAAGUGUUACUGUGGAAUGCAGAAGUGCCGCGGGACCUUGUCGAGAAGGCUGAAUGCGAAUGAGUUGAAAAAGCAGAGAGUGCUUGAUGAGGCGCGGAGAAAGGUGCUUGCGGAGGAGGCUGCCAGAAAACAGAAGGAAGAAGCGAAGAAAGCAGAGGUUGAAAAGGGCAGAGGAAGUGGGUGGAGAGGAUGGCUUGCCGUGGAUGAUCCGGAAACCAAGGCACGACUCAAGGCUGAAAAGGCCGCCAAAGAGGAGGCAGAGAAGAACUCCACACGCGCUGCGAGGCUGGCGAAACGCAGGGGAAGCGUGGGUGCUGCUGUCGUUGAGAAGCCUGUUAAGGCUGAGCCGAAGAGAAGGAAGACGGUGAAUGGUCCCAACAGCAUCACUGUCGCUGCGACCCGCAAGAGCGAGGAGGCUCCCGUGAAGAGAUCUUCUUCUCAGAGAAGAACCUCCACUGGUUCGAGGUUUACAGAGGAUCUUGAAAACGGCGACCGUCCGACUUCGAAGCGAAGCAUCGUUUCGAAGAAGACGACUGUUACAGUACCUAUCAUCGACGAGAAUGCGAGCAGUGCCGAUGAUGAGAUUACUGUCAGCCCGCCGGUCGAACCUACCGCACCAAAACCACGGCUCACGAUCGAGGCGGUUGCGGUCGGAGUUGCAGAAGAGGACGACGAUGAGGAUGUUGCGAUGGAGGAUCUCGUUGCUCCCGUCGAAGCACCGAAGAGGAGCAGCUCGAUCCGGGAAAGGAUCGGAAAGGUCGUUGCAAAGACGACAGGGAAGCGUCCGGCUAGUGGAAGUGGCAGUGGCGGGUUGAGGCAGAGCACAUUGAAUUUCGGGAGGAAAUGA